GGGUCUUAUGCGCUGCAAAGCCCUAUCUUCAGCUCUGUUGUCCUGCAGCAGCUCAAGCUGAAGAGUCGACCCAGGCCGCUACGGUACAGUGGGCAUGUAACUGUGGCGCCUUCCGCUACGUAACUAGACUUCGUCUACUAACAAAGCCACAGGGACAUCUAUCUCUGCCAUCAUCAUCAUCACGACCAUUCCAGGUUCAUUCUGGUUGAGGACCCUCCGCCGGUUGACCUCUCCUGAACAAACACAACACUACCAAUACAAUUGUUAUAGAUCUUAACUGCGCAGUCUUUUCUCUUCUAGACACCCAGCCUCCAGGAAACCAGGUCGGAUUGCAUGCGCCUGAAUCCAUCAAUCUUUCCCCAAUAGCUUAGGAGCAGCACUACAUCAUGGCGGCGACAACAUCCUCAACCCAGGGCUGGGCCCAGCUACGACAACAAGCCCGAUCGCUCGAAACACAGACCGAAAUGCUCCUCCACACAUACGCCCAGUUCUCGAACCAGACCAACAUCCCACCCAAGCCGACAGAGGAGGAAAGGCAUACGGAAACGAGGUUACAGGAGCUUCUGGACAAGCGCGAAUCCGUAAUCUCCCACCUCACCCGCCUCCUAACCUCGGACCCCUCCCCAUCAGCGCUCAAACAAAACAACCUCUCCCUUUUGCGCGACAAGCUCUCGGACCACCGGCGCGACCUCUCUCGGCUGCGGUUGACGCUCGAGUCGGCCCGCACGCGCGCCAACCUGCUAGGUAGCGUGCGCGACGACAUCUCGGCGUACCGCGCCGCCAACCCGGAGCAAGGCGAGGCCGACUACAUGCUGGACGAGCGGGGCAGGCUGGACCGCAGCCACGACGUGGCCGACAGCGUGCUGAGCCAGGCGUACGCGGUGCAGGACUCGUUCGCGUCCCAGCGGGAACGGCUGGCGCAUAUCAAUAGGCGCAUCACCCUGGCGGCCAGUCAGGUUCCGGGGAUCAAUACCCUGAUCACGAGGAUCUCGGCGAGGAAGAGGCGGGAUGGGAUUAUUAUGGGGUCGUUUAUUGCGUUUUGCUUCUUGAUGUUUUGGUUCUUCUCAUGAGCGGCGGUGGCGGACGAAGUGGGAGAGCGCUCUAGAGAACGGGAGAACGGAGGAAUUCUGCUCGAGGAUGGUGCUGCGGCUCG